GGCCCUUUUUUUAAUUUUCGUUGCUGUUGAUGUUCAAUUUGCAUUUGCUUGUGAUGCGAUUUUGAUUUAUUCAUUGGUUACAAAGAAAUGAGACUGGAAGUCUUGAAAAUAUAAUAUUUUAUAGUAAAGUAGUUCUGGAUGCAGCGGUGCUGAGCUGAGUGCUUUGCCUAAGUUACCUGUAGAGAUGGAGGUAGAAGAAGAAGUCGCCCACCUUUUGCAUUUACUACCCACCAUAAAGCGUGAAGAAAUCCUAGUGCAAUUGGCAAAACACCACGAUGCAACCAGACCUGUGCGUUUGCUUAGAAUUGUCAAUAAUUUUUCGGAAAGAGUUCUCAACCGUAAUCAGUAUAUUAAUAGCGAUGAAUAUAAAAUAGCUUUUGAACGCGAUUUAUUACAACUUGAAUGGUUUUUCCCAGACGUAAAUAGAAAUCAAAUUAUAUUCAUCCUGGAAACUGUUGGACCUAUUCGUAAUAGAAGCCUCAUUGUAGCCAAACUAUUGCAACCGGAUAGUGAAAGGCAAAAAUUUGGACAAAAAAGAUAUUCGGAGAAUGAUAUUAAUGAAAAUCCAGAGGUCAGUAGUACAAAGAUAAGUAAAACUGAGAUUGAUGAAUCUAAUGCAGAAAAUGUUCAUCAUGAUAUAACGGAUAAAGAAGAGAUUUUUUUUAAUGAUGAAGAAUUAACUUCAAUAAAUGAUGCAAUCAUCAAUGGAAUAGCUGCAUAUAAUGAUCGUUCAAAACACCCACAUCCUGAGGUAAAUAAUAUACCCUACAAACCAAGACUGGACGCAGUAAAUUCCACAAGAACACUCCCCCAAGAGGCAAAUAAUAAACCCGAGAAAAUGAAUUUUACUGUUGAGAUCAAUGAUUCGCCUGUCCCAAAUAAAACACCAGUCAAACAGAAUAUGCACGAUUUUGUAGGAAUCCCAGAUUCGCCUAUCGCAAUCCCAGAGGCAGUUGCAGAAUCAUCUCAGUCGUUCCGUUCUUUUCUGCAUGCAGUAAAUUCCAAAAAAACACUCCUCCAAGAAGCAAACGAUACACCCGAGAAAAUUAAUUUUAAUAUUGCGAUCAAAGAUUCCCCUGUUCCAAAUAAAACACCAGUCAACCAGAAUAUGCACGAUUUUAUAGAAAUCCCAGAUUCGCCUGUCACAAACCCAGAGGCAGUUGCAGGAUCAUCUCGCUCCGAGUCCUUCCGUGCUUUUCUGCACGCAGUAAAUUCCCCAAAAAAACUCCUCCAAGAGGCAAAUAAUACACCUGAGAAAAUGAACUUUACUGUUGAGAGCAAUGAUUUGCCUGUCGCAAACCCAGAGGCAGUUACAGGACCAUCUCGCUCCCAGUCGUUCCGUGAUUUUCUGCACGCAGUAAAUUCCAAAGGAACACUGGCCCAAAAGGCAAAUAAUUCACCCGAGAAAAUGGAUUUUAAUGUUGAAAUCAAUGAUGCGCCUGUCCCAAAUAAAACACCAGUCAAACCGAAUAUGCACGAUUUUGUAGAAAUCCUAGAUUCGCCUGUCACAGACCCAGAUGGUUUGGGCCCUCUCCCAGAAGACUUAGCAGUCACACGACCAUCCACUCUUUUUCCUGCUCAUGGUAAGCCAGGACCAUUAAAUGCCAGAAUGCCUCCUUCACCUUUCCAUAUUAACUGUUUUCACCAUCAGCCAGGACCAUCCCAUGCCACAAUGCCUUCUCAUUCAUCUCGCCCUGGUAACUGUCUUCAUUAUCGGCCAGCUCCAUCCAAUGCCACAAUGCCUCCUCUUUCACAUCGCCGUGGUAAACCUGAAAGCUUUUUGCGCGAAGCGCCUCAUACAGCCCAAAAUAACGAACCGAUAAACAUGUCUCCUAAUACUUGGCGCCCAUUGCAACGUGAUUCGAGUGACGAGGAUGAUGGAUCAAUAUUGGAUGCCUUGAUGGACGAAUUCGAAGAGAAUAUAGAAAAGAUUGAACCCACACUGCCUCCUCCACCAACAAAUCAAGACUUGCCUGUGAACCUCGCCGUGGACGAAAAACUAGUAAUGAAACUAAUGGAAGUGUUUCCCAACGUUGCACCAGAUUACUUGCGAAUUAUUUGUGCGGGAAAGCAAUGGUCCGAGGGUACUUUCGAACAAUUAAUGGAUACAAUAUUGACAUUAGACAAUAUUCCCACGCGUCCAGAAAGACCGGUUUCGCCAGAAAAGGAAAUUGAACCUCAAGAACAAUUGGCGAUGCUGAAGUCGAUGUUUCCCGACGCAGAUCCGACAUAUUUGGAACGAAAAGUUAACGAAUUAAUUGGCAACAAGGUUGCAAUGACAGCAUUUAUAGAAAAAGCCAUGGACACAAAAGACUAUCCCACUAUGAAGGAGUAUUUACGUCAACAACAAUUAUCUGCCCAACACAGACAGUACACAUCGGAAUUUAAAGUGGAAAAGUUUGUAGAAAUAUUUCCAGAUCCGGUAAAAUUUUUCGAAAAUCCUGAGAAAAAAAGCAAUAUUGCACUCUCUGACAAGUACUAUAUCAAAUCUAUUUUGAGAAGGAAAUACAAUCAACUCUAUGUAAAGGACAUUAAUUAUGCCAUUGAAUGCACUGCACAUACUAAUAUUUUAGCUAUGGUGAAUUAUUUAGAAACACGCUUAAAAGCUGGUGCGAUAAAAUCAGUAAAAACAAAUUCUACGAUAACUAGGCCCGACUCACAUAACAUCACAAUACCUUUGCUGCAAGAACUCGCCUAUUUCGAACACAAAGAAGAAAUUCUUAAGUAUCUGGAAGAGAAAAAGGAUGAAGCAGCAAAAGAUCGACUUGAAGCCAAACAACUGGGUCUCAUGCAAAAUUGUAGCUGCUGCUUCGACGAUGAAGUCAUGCCUUUAGAUAUUCUCACUUGCACUGGAGGCUGUAGGUUCUGCAGGGAAUGCAUCAAACGUAGCUCCGAAGUAGCUUUUGGUGAUGGCAAAAUUAACUUCCCUUGUCUUUCCGAUGGGUGCAAUGAAGUAUUCAGUCUACAGAUGCUACAGAACGUGCUGGAUCCAAAAUUAUUCUCCAAAAUAGCACAAAAACAAGCCGUAGCUGAAGUGAAAGCUGCAGGAUUGGAAGACCUGGAAUCCUGUCCUUUUUGCGAUUUUGCUAAUAUUCCAGCUCCUGAGGAUAAAAUAUUCCGUUGCCUCAAUCCUGAUUGCAUGAAAGAAUCUUGCAGGUUAUGUAAAGAACCUUCUCACUUACCGUUGCGCUGCGAUGAGGUCGAAAAAGACGAAGCAGUCAAAGCAAGGACUUUUAUAGAAAAUAAAAUGGCAGAAGCCUUAAUAAGGGAGUGCUGGAAAUGCGGGGCUAAAUUUAUUAAGGAAGAAGGCUGCAACAAAAUGACGUGCUCUUGCGGAGCCAUGAUGUGCUACGUCUGUAGACAACCAGUGAAGAACUAUAAACAUUUCAACGGUCAAGGUGGCGACCAAUUUAAUUUGUGUCCUCUGUACAGUGACAACAUACUCAACAACGAGAAGAAAGUUUUAGAAGCGGCUGUCGAGGCUAAAAAACAGGUGGACCCGGCGCAAUUAAAAAGCGACCCCACUGUCGCUGUUCAAAACUUGGCUGAUAAAAUUAAAAAGGCAGAGAAGAAAAUGGAAAACUAUCAGCAACGGGUUGCACAAGUAGAUGAUUUAGUGCAAAAUAUUGUGAAUAAUCCGAUGUUGCCGAGGUUGGUACAAUAUGAUAGGGUUAUCGCAGCGGUGGCGGCUGCAGCUGGACCUUACGGGGGAAGACCUGUACCUGUUCCGGCUCCAGUUGACGCAGGACUUGCGCGUCAGGCUGCGAUUCGUAUGAGACAAGAACAAAUGAGACGUGGUAGGGCAUAUAGGGGACAUAGAAACUAAUCAAUAAAUGUUUGAGCAAGUGAACACAGUGUGCCAACAAUUCAUUCGACAUGUGCCUUUUCUGACUGAAUCUGUGAUGUUACUUUUUGCAGUAAUGUUUGAAUAUUGAGUAUGGGUCAUUCAUAAUCAUGUUUAAUAAUAUAUGAGUUAUUCAAACAUUUCUGUACCCAAUAGUUAGCGGUGAAUGAAAUUAGCCACAGAAAACUUUAUUUGUGUAAAAUUUUGUCUAUCACAAGUUUUGUUUAAAAAAUAUAUAUAUAUAAAAUCAAAUUAUCAUAAUCCAUACAAUAUGGUGUUUGACGAGGAUGUGUUGUUGAAAAUAGCAUACUUUAUAAGGUGUUUGACUUUUUUUGUUUUCAUGCAAGAGCCGCUUUCGGGUGCUCCUAGGACCACUUCACACCUGUUAGUGACCUGUCAUACUCCAUGCGUUUGAAUUCGAACGCUUAAAACUGAACGGGUCAAACUGUAGCCGGAUUACUUCAGAGUAACUCAGGAGCGCUCAAAGGGUGGCACCCGAAAGCAGCUAAGGUCUUUCCUUUCCCAUGUGCCCAAUGUAAAUAAGUUGUUAAUAGUUACUCGGAAAAGCCAGUAUAAAACAAAAUAAGGUCAAUUUUUCCUGAUUCACAUUAAGCCUGGUUUACUUUAAUGUUAAGAUUUUUUUGUUUGUUGAUUUUCUUUCCUGUGGCAAAUUUUAUUCACUAGCAAAUAGUCUAUAGUAUCGUUUUUAUUAUUAUAACUCAAGUGAGUUUAGGUUGUACUUUUCUGUUGAAAAAAAAAAUGGUGUAACUGGAUUGAUUCCAAAAACUGUAUAUCUCUUGUGCCUUUUUGUGAAGUGACCAAGUGACUCGACUGUUAGGCAAGUUAAUGCCGAUUCUCGUCUAAGCAGCAUUGAUAAGCGCAAACUACAGUUUAGAUGAGAAUAAUUUAAUAACUGUUUGUUUUUAUUUGAAUACUUUUUUGUUUUUUUUUUUAAGUUUAAUAAUGGCAAAUACCAUUUCCCCAAACCUGUGCUCAGGGAUGUGAUUGAAAAAUAUGCCUAUUACCUUUAUUGAAUAUAAUAAUAUGGGCUGUGUCACUUAAUUUCAGUGUACCUUUAAAUAAGAUCAGCUUUAAAAAGUAUUACCUAUCUGUCAAAUCUUCACGUUAAGUUGGUGAUUUUUUUAAAAAGUUUGUAAAUUGUAAAAUGUAUAAUCAAAAUUAUUUUGUUACUGAAUAAAUAUAUGAUGUUUUUUUUU